GCAGCAAGCGCGCAUGUGCCACAGACAAUCUUCCCCACGCCCAUCCGAGACGUUUACUUCAAAUUUCCGCAUUUUAUGCUAAAAGACAAGUAGCAACGUUGAACUUAUACUCCUUUGGACUUUAGUCGUAUUCGCUGUUAUUUGAGUGGCAAUGGCCAGACUUCUUCUGAGGGCGAACCUGAGGAGAUGCGUCGCUUCUCAGAUCAGAAUGGCAUCUGAUCAGCUUGGUGAGAUGGGCAAGGGAGCAGGAAAAGGUGGUGGUGGAGGAGGCUCUGUGAGAGAGGCAGGAGGUGCAUUUGGAAAGAGGGAAGCAGCAGAAGAGGAGCGGUACUUCAGGCAGAAGGAGAAGGAGCAGAUGGAAGCACUAAGGAAGCAUCACACGGAGGAGAUCGAGCACCACAAAAAGGAGAUUGAACGCCUACAGAAGGAGAUCGACCGCCACAAGGGCAAAAUUAGAAAGCUCAAACAUGACGACUGAACUAGAGAAGCUUGUUGUUGUUUGUCCUUAGAGUCCAAACAUCCAAUCAACAAGUUAAUGGUUAUUAGGUAUUGAUUAUUCUGCUGAUUUAAGCAAGUCCUCUCUGGGGUCAUACAGACAUUAUACCUUUAAAAAAUAAAGUGAUUAAUUUUCACAUUUAAUGAGAA